AUGUUCAGGAACAUUAUCAGAGAACCAUCUGAGCACUCGGAAGAAUAUUCGGAAGCAGAAGAGUCUCAAUAUUGCGACAAGUCAGACGAUAAGAGCGAAGACAAUGAUUCAAUCUCUUUCAUUGUAGAAGCUUCAGAAGCGGAUCAUUUUGACGAUCAAAUCGAAGAUGACGUUGAGAGUUUGGACUUUGAUCAAGAAGGAUCAGACAUCUCAGACGUCGCUACUGACUUUGCGGGUGACGACGACGUAGGCGAUUUCAUUAACGAUAUUAUCAAUGAUCACGACGACGAUGGUGAUGUUUCAGACGAGGACACGAAUCUUGGCGGUAUGUAG